AUGGACGAGCUUCCCAUUGCAGGCCCCUCAUCGGCCGCCAGGAACCCCAGUCCAAGGAGCAGACCGAGUGCUGUCGCCCAUGCCGUUUCGUCUUCGCAGUCGACAGCGCGCGAGCAAGCAGACGGCUCCGGUCCUCGCGGCGACGAGCCGCUCUCUGCGUAUAGCUGCCCGAUCUGCUUCUCGCCACCUGUCCGCGCGACGAUGACUCCUUGCGGACACGUCUGUUGUGGAGAGUGCCUUUUCACCGCUAUCAAGACAACAAUGCAACGAGCGUCAUACACCGCACCGGUGGGCGAAAGAUUGAUCGCACGUUGUCCUGUGUGCCGUGCGGCUAUCGCGGGUUGGGAUGGAAGGGGUGGAGGUGUUAUCGGACUGAAGCCGAAGCUGGUGUAUAGCCUCUGA